AUGACUGCAUCUAAGAAAAAUCACAAAGACAAACCAGUUCGCCGCAAGGAAGAAAAACCGGAAGAACCAGAAUUGCCGAAAUACAGAGAUCGAGCUAAGGAACGUAGAGAAGAUCAAAAUCCUGAUUAUGAACAAACUGAACUUGGGUUUCAUGCUGUUGCUCCUCCUGGUACCGUUGAUAUUACGUCAUCUGAUGCGCAUAAGUUAUCGAUUGAGAAGAGCAAGUACCUUGGAGGUGAUGUGGAGCAUACACAUUUGGUUAAAGGUUUGGAUUAUGCUUUACUGAACAAAGUAAGGAGUGAAAUUAAGAAGCCAGAUGCUGGGGAUGAAGGGGACGGGAAACCAAGAGUACCCAAGGAAGACCAGCAAGUGUCAAUUCGCACAGCAACUGCUAAGUCAGUUUAUCAGUGGAUUGUCAAGCCUCAGACCAUUAGCAAGACGAACGAGAUGUUCCUUCCCGGUCGAAUGACAUUCAUUUAUAAUAUGGAGGGUGGAUACCAUCAUGAUAUCCCAACAACCUUGCACCGUAGUAAAGCUGAUUGUCUAGUGCCCGAGGAAAUGGUUACAGUUAAUGUUGAUGGAUCUGUUCUAGAUCGCAUUGCUAAAAUUAUGUCAUACCUCCGUCUUGGCUCUUCUGGGAAGGUCCUAAAGAAGAAGAAAAAGGAAAAAGAUGCUAAAGGGAAAUUUUUGGCUGUCGGUAAUGGAUAUGACAAAGAGGAUAAGCUGGCAAAGGUUGAAAGUGUGGGGACAAAGAAUCAAACAGAAAGGGAAUCUAUCCUUCCACCUCCACCCCCCUUGAAGAAAAAUCCUAUUAUUUCAAGGGAGAAUCAAGGUCCUGCUGUUGCAGCUGUUGCUAGAGAAGAAGAUGAUGACAUUUUUGUUGGUGAAGGUGUUAACUAUGAGAUACCUGCUCCCCCGAGUCCUGUCUCUGAGGACAUGGAAGAAUCUCCUAGAAACAAAGAAAGACCUCAAUAUUUCACUGAACCUGUUUAUGGCCCUGUCCCGCCUUCUAUGAUGGAUCAAGGAUGGCAAGAAACGAAUGGAUAUGAUGUAAUGCAAACACAAGCCAUGGUUGGUGGCUACCAAGGGCAAUGGCAGGAGUAUCAGUAUGCUGAACAACUGGCUUACCCUGAUCAAUAUCUUCAGCAAAAUAUGCAGGCUUAUGAUGUCCAGGCAGAUUUAAAUGUUGCACAAGAUCCACGCUUUAUGACUCAAGAAGAAAAGGACCGAGGUUUAGGAUCAGUGUUUAAACGAGAUGACCAGAGACUUCAGCAGCUGAGGGAGCAAGAUGCCCGUGAGAAAGAUCCUAACUUCAUCUCGGAGAGUUACUCUGAAUGUUACCCUGGAUAUCAAGAAUAUAACCGCGAGGUAGUGGACAGUGACGAGGAAGCUGACUUGUCUAAAAUGGAUAUGGGAGGAAGGGCAAAGGGUCGUCUUCAUAGAUGGGACUUUGAAACUGAAGAGGAAUGGGCCACUUACAACGAGCAGAAGGAAGCAAUGCCAAAAGCGGCAUUCCAGUUUGGUGUGAAGAUGCAAGAUGGUCGGAAAACCCGGAAGCAGAACAAGGACCAGAAACUCAACAAUGAUUUGCAUAAGAUCAACAAGAUACUUUCAAGAAAGAAGAUGGAUAAGGAAGGGAAUGGUGAGGCUGGCCAAUAUGAAGAUGAGCCCACCCCUGGAAAGAAGCUUCGAGUAUGA